AUGCCGACGAAACAAAACCCUCCCCCAAUUCCAAAAGAAUUGCCUCCCUGCGAUGGCCCUAAGCUCAACCUAUUUGAGCAUCAUGAUUCCGAAAUCGAAUGGAUCGAGAGACUUGGGUGCAAAGGCGAGUCAUCGAGAGAGGGAUAUGUCUUCCGUGUCAAGAUCAACAAUGUCGAAUACGCGCUGAAAGUGUUCAAGUUUCAUGACCCCAUGCAGAACGAGUGGUGGUGGGGAACGCACGUUGAUGAUCUGACACCACAGAUCGCGGCGUACUACGAGGACCCUUUUUAUAACGAAUGCCGAGCGUAUGGCCGAAUUCGCAAGCCACUAAGGGGCAAGCGAAAGCUGUCUGAUGCGGCUGUUGCUUGCCAUGGAUUCCUUUUUCUCAGUGACCGAGACCGACAAUAUCUCGAGGACAAUGAAUACGAUCUAUUGUCCAGUAUCGUCGACCCUUCAUACCAAGAGACAACCAUUGAAGGGUUCAGGAUUCGAGCGAUCGUAAAGGAUCUGGCAUCAGAAGACCAUGGAGUCACUGGAGAUAAUCUAGGAAAGGUUUUAAACCGCAUUGUUGCACUGAACCAGCACCAGAUUGUCACCCGUGAUGUUCGACUGGACAACAUCAGAGACGGAAAGAUGGUUGACUUUGGCAAUUCUUUCACCCUACCUCACAUAAUUAUGCAAUCAGAAUUAGUGAGGCAUGCGGAGCACGAAUUUAAUAUGGCCUGGGAUCGUUGGAUGUUCGACGAAAUGGUGCGCAAGCUCACCAUCGCCCGCAAACUUGUCACCCUGCUCGAGCCAUUCAAGGGCAAACUCGUCCACAACCAUCUACUCAUUGAUCCGGCUGGCGCUAUUCUACCGCGCUCUAGCCCUGACUAUCAACCGCUGAGGUGCGCAAUCCGGGCCGCCGUCUUUGACGCCCUGGCGGUAUCCCAUGACACCUUCGACUCCGUCUUCGUCUUCACCGAUUUCCAGUCCGACGACGAAGUUGGCAGCGCCGUUAUGGGCGAGUACCGCGCCAUGGCAGCACGUCGCGGCUGCACCUUCGUCCCCAUCACCCUCACCUGCAGCAAGGAGGAGAACCUGCGUCGGCUGGUCUCUUCGGAGCGGUCUGCCCACGGCAAGCUGACGGAUACGGAGCUGGUGGCGCGCCUCCGUGAUAAUGCUGUGACGCACCAGUCGCCAGGUGACCCCUUCCAGUUGGAACUUGACCUCACGGAGCUGGAUGCCGAAGCCGCGGCACGAAUGGUACACCAACAUAUUCUAGAUGUCUGCGUCGAGUUGGGCAAGGAGGGACAUUAA